GUUUGUUGGUGAGAGCACGAUGCGUAGUUGCAAAGAAACUAUGUAUUUGUCGUAUUCAACGUGUUCGCAACGAGCGUUAAUUAAAUUCUUUUCACAUUUUACUGAGGGCAACCUUUAGAAAUCCUUUCCAAGUUCAAUUGAGAAGAUCACGCGUUUCUGAUGAAAUACAAUAAUAUCACGGUCAAUGUUUGCGCGAUAUUAUUGCCAAGUUAGAGGAAAAUUCCUCGAAUUGAGUUUAUGAUCGCCAUAAAGAUAUCAUCCUUGGAAUCGUGUUGCGCUUCAGCAGACUGAAGUAUGUCAAACAUAUGCGAUUAAUUAUGGAACGCUGGGCCCACAAAUGCGCGAUUGUCACUGGUGCAGCAUCGGGCAUAGGAAAAGAAAUCACAAUCGCUCUUCUGAAGAAUAAAAUAAACGUACUCGCAUUAGAUGUGAAUACAGAAAAAUUAUCAUUGUUGAAUCACGAGUGGAUGCAAUUCGAAGGAUGCAAUAAAUUAUGUAUAAUGCGUUGCGAUACAAGCAAUGAGAAGGAUCUAGAAAGAUGUUUCUCAUUUGUGGAAACUGAAUGGAACUCUGGCGUGGAUAUUAUGGUAAACAAUGCUGAAGUUAUAGAACUUUCACGCAUCAUUGAGAGCGACAGGGCGGCAUUCGAAAAGCUGUUAAAUAUUAAUGUCCUCGCGACCGCCAUGUGCAUCAACCGGGCGGUGCGCUCAAUGCGCCAACGAAACGUCGAAGGGCAUAUUUUCAAUAUCAACAGCGUACUGGGACGUAAAAUUCCGACUGCAGUCUUUUCGGAAAUCGAUGGUUGUAAUGGCUGGAACCUGUACCCGGUUUGCAAACAUGCCAAUGUUACAUUAAUGCAGUCAGUAAAACAAGAAUUGAUAGACAUUAAAGCACCGAUUCGAAUCACCAGUAUCAAUCCAGGUUUAGUUGAAACGGAUCUAUUCAAACAUUCGCCCCAUGUAAUGGAAGUUAUAAAAAAUAUGCCGAUUCUUAAAGCGGAGGAUAUCGCAAAUGCUGUGAUCUAUGCCCUCAGUAUGCGACCUGAAGUGCAAAUGAGGGAAAAGAACAUCAUGCAAUACCGACGGAUUUUAUAAUAUAUCAAAUUCUUU